UCUCGGGGCGCAGGUUGGAGGCUGCCCGCGCCGCGUCCUGCUGCGCACGUGGGAGGCCGCGCUCCGGCCCCUGCAGUCCACCGCGAUGCCGCGCGCGCCGCGCUGCCGAGCCGUGCGCUCCCUGCUGCGCAGCCGCUACCGCCAGGUGCUGCCGCUGGCCACGUUUGUGCGGCGCCUGGGGCCCGAGGGCCGGCGGCUCGUGCAGCGCGGGGACCCGGCGGCUUUUCGCGCGCUGGUGGCGCAGUGCCUGGUGUGCGUGCCCUGGGACGCACGGCCGCCCCCCGCCGCCCCCUCCUUCCACCAGGUGUCCCCCCUGAAGGAGCUGGUGGCCCGGGUGCUGCAGAGGCUGUGCGAGCGCGGCGCGAGGAACGUGCUGGCCUUCGGCUUCGCGCUGCUGGAUGGCGCCGGCGGCGGCCCCCCCGAGGCCUUCACCACCAGCGUGCGCAGCUACCGGCCCAACACGGUGACGGAGACGCUGCGCGGCAGCGGGGCGUGGGCGCUGCUGCUGCGCCGCCUGGGCGACGACGUGCUGGUUUACCUGCUGGCGCACUGCGCGCUCUACGUGCUGGUGGCUCCCAGCUGCGCCUACCAGGUGUGCGGGCCGCCCCUGUACGAGCUCCGUGCUGACCCCGAGCCCCGGCCCGCGCCACACGCGGCUGGGACGCGAAGGGGUCUGGGACGCGAACGGACCUGGAGCAGCAGCGUCACGGAGCCCGGGGUCCGCCUGGGCCUGCCAGCCCCGGGUGCGAGAAGGCGCCGGGGCAGCGCCAGUGUAAGUCCACCAUGGCCCAAGAGGCCCAGGUGUGGGCCUGCUCCGGAGCCGGAGCGGACGCCUGUGGAGCAGGGAUCCCGGGCGCACCCGGGCAGGACGCGUGGACCGAGCGGCCGUGGUUUCUGUGUGGUGUCACCUGCCGCAGCCGCCGAGGAAGCCCCUGGCGCAUGCCACUCGUACCCAUCAGUGGGCCGCCAGCCCGGCUUGGGGCCCCCAUCCACAUCGCGGUCACCGCAGCCCCGGGACACGCCUUGUCCCCUGGUGUAUGCCGAGACCAAGCACUUCCUCUACUCUUCGGGUGCCCAGGAGCGGCUUCGGCCCUCCUUCCUACUCAGCGCCCUGCGCCCCAGCCUGACCGGCGCCCGCAGGCUCCUGGACACCAUCUUUCUGGGUUCGAGGCCAGGGACGCCCCGCAGGCUGCCCCGCCUGCCCCAGCGUUACUGGCAGAUGCGGCCCUUGUUUCUGGAGCUGCUUGGGAACCACGCGCGGUGCCCCUACAGGGCGCUCCUCAAGACGCACUGCCCGCUGCGGACUGCGAUCACCCCGGCGGCCCGUGUCUGUGCCCAGAAGCCCCUGGGCUCUGUGGCAGCCCCCGAGGAGGAGGACACAGACCCCCGUCGCCUGGUGCAGCUGCUCCGCCAGCACAGCAGCCCCUGGCAGGUGUACGGCUUCCUGCGGGCCUGCCUGCGCCGGCUGGUGCCCCCCGGCCUCUGGGGCUCCAGGCACAACGAGCGUCGCUUCCUCAGGAACACCAAGAAGUUCAUCUCUCUGGGGAAGCAUGCCAAGAUCUCGCUGCAGGAGCUGACCUGGAAGAUGAGCGUGCGUGACUGCGCUUGGCUGCGCAGGAGCCCAGGGCUUGGCAGUGUUCCGGCUGCAGAGCACCGUCUGCGGGAGGAGAUCCUGGCCAAGUUUCUGCACUGGCUGCUGGGUGUGUACGUGGUGGAGCUGCUGAGAUCUUUUUUUUAUGUCACGGAGACCACGUUUCAGAAGAACAGGCUCUUUUUCUACCGGAAGAGUGUCUGGAGCAAGUUGCAAAGCAUCGGAAUCAGGUAAUGUAUUCCAACACACGUCCUCUGCUUCUUGAGGUUCUGGAGAUGGAAGCACCGGCCCCGGCCCCGGGUGCUGGGCCUCUCCUGCGCGGGCCGGGGUCAGGGCAUCAGCCCCGGAGCACCCUCGGCCUCAGCGGCCAUGGAGCGCCAGGCCGCAGGCACAGAUGCCCAAAUCCAGUGCAGCCGCGCCAGCCCCCCGUGUCCCUAUGGGUGGUUUCGGGGGAAAAGGCUGAAGGGCAGCGGCGUCAGGGAGCUGGUGGCGCAGCUCUGUGUGUCCUGGUUGGAAGAAGCAUGUGCCCAGCCCUGGGCCGGGGCGGGCAGUAUUUGUGGCUCACGGCCCCCCCUCUGCCGGCAGGUCUGCACCCUGACGGACCUCCAGCCGUACAUGCGGCAGUUUGUGGCCCACCUGCAGGAGACCAGCUCCCUGAGGGAUGCCGUCGUCAUCGAGCAGAGCUCCUCCCUGAAUGAGGCCAGCAGUGGCCUCUUCGACGUCUUCCUACGCUUCUUGUGCAACCACGUCGUGAGGAUCGGGGGCAAGUCCUACGUCCAGUGUCAGGGGAUCCCGCAGGGCUCCAUCCUGUCCACACUGCUCUGCAGCCUGUGCUACGGCGACAUGGAGAACAAGUUGUUUGCCGGGAUUCGGCAGGACGGGCUGCUCCUGCGUUUGGUGGAUGACUUCUUGUUGGUGACACCUCACCUCAGCCACGCAAAAGCCUUCCUCAGGACCCUUGUUCAAGGUAUCCCUGAGUAUGGCUGUGUGGUGAACUUGCGGAAGACGGUGGUGAACUUCCCCGUGGACGAUGAGGCCUUGGGCAGCGCAGUGUUUGUCCAGCUCCCAGCCCAUGGCCUGUUCCCCUGGUGCGGCCUGCUGCUGGACACCCGGACCCUGGAGGUGCAGAGUGACUUCUCUAGCUACGCCCGGACCUCCAUCAGAGCCAGUCUCACCUUCAACCGCAGCUUCAAGGCCGGGAGGAGCAUGCGUCGCAAACUAUUUGGGGUCUUGCGGCUGAAGUGUCACAGCCUCUUUCUGGAUUUGCAGGUGAACAGCCUCCAGACGGUGUACACCAAUGUCUACAAGACCUUCCUGCUGCAGGCUUACAGGUUCCAUGCAUGCGUGCUUCAGCUCCCAUUUCAGCAGCAAGUGUGGAAGAACCCGGCGUUUUUCCUGCGUGUUAUCUCUGACAUGGGCUCCCUCUGCUACUCCAUUCUGAAAGCCAAGAACGCAGGGACAUCACUGGGGGCCAAGGGCGCCGCCGGCCUGCUGCCCUCCGAGGCUGUGCACUGGCUGUGCCGCCAAGCCUUCCUGCUCAAGCUGAGUCGACACCGCGUCACCUACGCGCCGCUCCUGGGGUCGCUCAGGACAGCCCAGUCGCAGCUGAGUCGGAAGCUCCUGGGGACGACGCUGGCUGCCUUGGAGGCUGUAGCCAGCCCAGCGCUGCCCUCCGACUUCAAGACUAUCCUGGACUGAUGGCCGCCCACCCACAGCAGGGCCGAGGGAGGGCACCGGCAGCCCUGUCACGCCAGCCUCUACGUCUGAGGGAGGGAGGGGCAGCCCAUCCCCAGGCCAACGCCGCUGGGCCAGCCCCUCAGGUCCCUGGGUGUGCGAUGCAAGGGCGGCGCCAAAGUGCUCCUUCCUGUGUGGGGGGUCCCCUCCCUGGUGCCUCCAGGAGCAGAGCCUGCCCACCGAGACCCUCUCAUUACUGGUGGGGGUGGUCCAUCCUUCAGCUGCGUCCUCUCAGGGGAGGCAGGCUGCAGAAGCAGGUGGUGGGUGCUGAGCCUGUCUGCACACAGCCUGAGGUCCAUCCUGGUCCGGGGGCCUUUCUCAUGUCCCCAAAACAGGGGCCCUUGGGAGGCCCUCAGCCCUCUGCACCCAGCCAGGCUGCAGCAGCCGGGAGCCUCUGGACCCGGGGUGCUGUCCUGGGUGAGGCACCCUCCUGCUGACCCGCAGCCGGCAUCACCCAAAGUCCGCUCCUGACAGGGCUUUCCCUGAAAGCAAGUGGCCGAGUCAGGCGGUUAAGGCCUUGUCCUUGCGUGCCCUGCGCCACCCCUGUGUCCCCAUGCUGGCCCCGAGCCCUGAGCAUCUGGCUGAGGCCUGAGUGUCCAGUGUACCCGCUGUCCUCACCCACCUGAGGCUGUGAGGCUGGUACUUGUCUCCACCCCAGGGCCAGCUCCUCCUCUCCGGGGGCCUGGCUUCCGCUCCCCACACAAACAGUCCCUCACCCUGACCUCUGACCUCCACCCCGCCAUCCAGGUGGAGACCCUGAGAAGGACCCUGGGAGCUCUGGGAAUUCGGGUGACCAAGGGUGUACCCUGCACCUGGACGGGGGCCCCUGUGGGUCACACUGGGGGGCUGUGGGAGUAAAAUACUGAAUAUAUGA